AUGGUAAAAAUUCGUCUACUGAACUUCGCAUGGACUGAUAUCUCUUUGUCGAAGCUCUUGAAGUUAAUUAACAGUAAAUGUUCCCCAUCGAAUCUAGUUAAACUCGCUAAACCAGUGGUGAUGACUAUUGACUGGUUCUGGAUCGUAGGUUGGUUUUUCACUUUCUUUGGCCUGGUGGGAAACAGUUGGGUUAUUUUCAUCAUAGCGAGAAGAAGAAGAUUACAAACAACAGCCAACUGGUUCAUCCUUUCCUUGGCGGUGGCCGAUCUGGGUGUUACUUGUGGAUAUUUCCCAGCGGUCAUGAUCUGCAAUGUGCUUGUGGUUACAUGCAACAACGACGUUCGCCGAAUAAUCGCUUGUUUCUUCAUAAGAGCUUCUGUCUUUUGCCUCACCGCCAUGGUUACUGAACGCUAUAUCGCUAUCGUCCAUUCCUUAAAAUAUAUCCGUUUCUUUAAGACGAGAAACGUGGUCAUUAUUAUUGCGACCUGUUGGACAGUUGCGAUAAUUUGCGACCUCAUCAUUGAUCUUUCCAAAAGCGUACUAUCCGCCGCAGAAAAGGUUAUACUUGGUUCCAUUUCCAUCAUGCUCUUCCGAGUGUUACCAACAAUGUUUCUUUGCGCGGCACAUUUUCACAUCCUAUUAAUUGCUCGCAAACACUCUCUCGAGAUGAAAGUUCUUUUCAAACAAGUUCGAUUCAACGUCGCAGCAAACUCUGUCAAGGUAAAGGAAGUUAGAAAUGCGGGAUUAAAGGCAUCCACAGUGAGAUUGGUAACAGUACUUGUCUUUAUAUUUGUGGCAUAUUACGGAAUAGCUAACCAUUGGGAAAUCUGCGAUAAAUUUAGUCUUUGUGAUGUGUCUAACCAUGAAAAAGUGGCAGUAACAUUGCUAAUUUUGGCCAAUUCUACGCUAAACCCCUUUGUGUACGCAUUUUUCAAAGAAGAUAUUGAAAGAGAAUCAAAAGCUUUCCUUUGCCGCAGGAGGAAAUUGAAACUACGUCCCUUCCAGGUUCAUCCAGAGUAG